AUGAAUGGCGACGGCGACGAGGAUGACGAGGAGGAACAUCUCCUGACGGGCGAGGAGCGCCUCAAACGGGCCAUCUCGGCGCCGAUGUUGUCGCAGCUGCUGCAGAACACCGAGAGGCAGGUGAACGAUGACAUCAAGACCUCGGGCGUCGACGUCCGCGUCCUCGUGCGCGUCAUCUACGAGGACGAGUUCAUGCAGAGGACGUGCAGAUUCAUCCCUGUGACCCUCCUGUUUAUGUUCUUGUUCAUGAUAUUCUUCCAGCUGCACUACCUGACAACGUACACCUUUCUCCAGGAGCAGAACAUCCGCGCGUCCUUCACGGACGCCGCGGCGGACGUGGCGACCGUGGGCGACGUGUUCGCGUGGAUGAAUGGCUCCAUGGUGCCGGCACUCUGGUCGGCAAGGAACAUCGAGGCCUCCGGCUCGGACAUCUCCUCGAUGGGCAAGAACGUGCUCGUCGGCGGCGUCAUCCUCCGCACGGCGCAGGGCCCAGAGGUCGAGUGCCAGGCGCCCUUCGAGGACUGGGAGGGCUGCUACCCCGCGUCCUCGCUGGGCGGGGUCGAGGAGCAGCGCGUGAUCUCGAAGCACCCGAAGUACAACGGCUGGGAGAGCAUGCAGGAGACCUCCAGCCUCGUACGCCGCCUGCGCGGGGAGGAGGCGUACUGGCACAGGCUGGCCGACCAGAGCCUGCCCGUGGCUCAGCGUCGCCUGGAGGGCAGCUGGCUCCAGGAUCUGUUCUACCGGGGGAGCGCCGACCCUGGGGAGGAGGAGGAGGGGCACCGCUUCGAGCCCGAGGAGCUGCCGCGCGUGGAGCGGAAGCACCAGCAUCAGCGGGAAGUCGUCAACCGCGUGUCGGGCAAGGGCACGCCGAUCCGGCGAGUGACCGGUCCAUUCUCGAAUUGGGCACGCCGCGGCAAGAAGAAGCGCACCACCCCUUCCAAGACAGCUCGGAGACUGAAGAGCAUGGACAACAAAGAGAUGAACGCGGUUGCUCCAGACUUUUCAGGCACCUUCAAUGUGUACCAAAAGGUGCUUCCUGUCAGCCUGACCCAAGAGGAGGUUCAGAACAAGCUCUCCGCGUGGGCACAGGCGACUGGCGAGGGCACCCAGCUGCUCAGCAAGUCUACCCUCUUCCUCACCUGCGAGGCAAUUCUGAAGAAUGACGACAUCGGCAACGGCUUAACCACUCAGGUCUUCGUCCAUUUCGUGUUCAGCCGAGGCGGCCACAUCUAUAAUGCGGUUGAGAUGCGCAGCAUGACGCAAAGGAAUUCCUUGAUGGCGUUGGGGGUGCUGUUUCUAUGGGUUGUGCUGAUGCUGGGCUUCACCUUCUACACGCCCUUCAGAGCGUUCAGCGCGUUGAAGCAUGGUGCUUGCUUGGCCCAUUUCCUCCGCUUCUCAAACUUCUUCGAGUGGGUCAUCCUGAUAUGGGGCUGGGUGAUUCUAGCCUCUUUGUUCCAAUCGUUCGUGAUGAACAGUCAGUUCUUGGAUGACUACGACAAGUAUUUGGAGAUGCGCGAUCAGGCAGACUUGCGGACACUGGUGGAGUUCGACGAGAGUUGGCUGAGGCGCUUCAGCCUGCAGGUCCGCGAGUUCGGUGGCCUGGACAAUCAGCUCGUGACGGCGGUGGCCAUGUACCAUUUGGUGCUCAUCUUUCGCUUCUUGGUGGCCUCCCGGGGCCAGCGCCGCCUUGCCCUCGUUGUCAACACCAUCAUUCAGGGUUUCGAGGACAUCAUGCACUUGACUGUUGUCCUGCUGCUGAUGAUCCUCGCCUACGUGUUCAGCGGGCACAUCCUAUUCGGCGCGCGAAUGCAAGACUUUUCGACUGUAUGGGGCUCCUGGGGGUACGUCUUUCAGAUCGUCGGCCAGCGGGAGUACCAAUGGGACGAUCUCAUCGCGGGCCACAACAGCAUCAUCGUAAUGAUCUGGCUCUGGUCUCUCUUCCUGGUCGUGAUACUGGUGGUACUCAACCUGGUGCUUGCCAUGGUCUUCGACAGCUACAACGAGGUUCGCACAUCUGUGACAGACAAGGACACCAUCUGGCACACUGGGCUCAGGCUCUUCUACCAGCUGCAGUCGCUGUCCACGUGGACCACGCACCAGGAGAUUCGGGGCAGACUGUACAACUGGAGCAAGGAGCACAAGGAAGACAAGGUCGACAUGUACAAACUGAGGGCAAUCUGCCCUAAGAUGCCGAGCGCACAGCUUGACCUCCUCUUCGAGGACUGCCAGAACAGGAUCAAGUCCACGGUGGAACGUGGCAGGAAGAACAUGCUGUCUGAGGCCAUCGCCAGCAUCUUGCUGGGCACAGAAGAGCUCCGCAGAGGCGUGCGAAUGAUGAAGGAUUGGCGCCAGGGUGUCUCGUACUUCGAUGGUCCUGGAGACGUGCUCGAGGGGGACGUCUCUGGAGAGCAAUUCUCGGGGUCGGGCAGCCUCAAAGUGGAGCCUACCCAGUCCCCCAAGACCGCAGAGAAGGAGGUUUUGGAUUCUCCGUGCGAAAGCAAUGAGACUCCCGCGGAUCCGAAGGCUAUGCCCUCAGAAGCACCUUUUUGGGUCAGCAGUGGUCUGAUGCGGCACCUGCGGGCGUCCUCCCAGCAUAUGGAGAACAUGUACAUCGACAUCUCGCAGAUCGAGGCCACGAUAGCGAAGCUGAAGGAAGAGCAUAAUGUGCCAGAGCAGCCGGAGUCCGCGCCGAGCGUGGACAUGUUCUUCUCCAAGCGUAAGCCCGAGGAGCCGGUGAGGCAGGUGAGGAGGGAAUCGAAGGUUCUCCAACCACCACGCGCAUCGAGGAUUUCGAGCCGCAUUUCGAGCCGCCAGUCUUCGCCGAGGAACUCUCGCGUCUCGCUCUCGUCUGCGCAGCCGCCGUUUCGGCUCGCCUGA